GUGGUCGCGACUUGCUGGCAGUCUCGUUGAUCCGGCUGCGAGCAGUGCGCGCCGUGACGUGACAAUGGCGGCAGUCGUAAUUGCGGUACGGUGCGUUGCUGCGAUCAGCUGAUUGACCGAGCCCGAGAGAGAAAGAGAGAGAGAGCGAGCGAGCGAGCGAGAGAGCGAGAUAAAAGACGCGCGCGGGCGUUCCGAAAAAGGAGCCGACCGAGGUAGAGGCUGAAAGAGAGGCCCCUCGCGCAAGAUCGUCUCGUCGCUGGCCAUGUCGUUGCUCUCGUGAUCAACUCGUAGGUGGUGUGCUCCUAGUUUCCUCGCGUAGUAUAUGAAUUAUACAGUGUGUCCCCUCGCCGCCUCCGCGGCGGCUCCGUAAUUCCCUCCGUUGUCGCCACGCGUUUACCGUCCGUUCCCGGUGUGUUGUGUCUGUGUGGCGCGUAUGCGAGGAGUUCGCACGAUCGGUAGAUAAAUGUCUCUCAGCCAUGCCCGCCGUGCGGAAGUAUCGAAGGGAUACCAGCGAGGUGAGCUGCUGCCUCAAGUACGUGAUCUUUGGAUUUAACGUCAUGUUCUGGUGGCUCGGUUUGGGCAUCAUGGCAGUGGGCGUCUGGGCAUGGACCGAAAAGGACACCUUCAACAACCUGUCUCGCCUCACGAACGUCGCACUCGAUCCAGCAUUUAUCCUUAUUCUAGUCGGUACAGUGACAUUUAUCAUCGGUUUCACGGGAUGCGUCGGCGCGUUAAGGGAGAACACAUGCCUCCUAGCUGCGUACGCGAUAUUUCUGGCUCUAUUACUGCUGAUGGAAAUGGGUGCUGGUGUCCUAGGAUUUAUCUUUAAAGAUUGGAUAAAGUCACAAGCUACGGGAGGCUUCCAAGCAUUUAUCAUCCACUAUCGUGAAGAUCCUGAUCAGCAGAAUCUCAUCGACUGGAUUCAAGAAGACUGGUUGCAAUGUUGCGGUAUUGAGGGCCCAAAGGAUUGGGACCGCAACAAUUAUUUCAAUUGUUCGUCGAGCGACAUCGGCUCGAGGGAAGCGUGCGGCGUGCCUUUUAGCUGUUGCAAGCGAAAACCUAAUGAAAUUAUUAAAAAUAAACAAUGCGGCUACGACGUUAGAAAGCCUAGUUAUACGGGAGAGAGGAGUAUAUUCGAGCGGGGUUGUCUAAGAGCGGGCGAGGAGUGGCUAGAAUUGAACCUCGUACCCGUCGCUGGUGCUGUGGUCUGCACCAUGAUUUUGCAGAACUUUGAGGUCGCCAAAGUGAUUUACGAAAAAGGUUGCAUACAGGCCGGCGAAGAGUGGAUGGAGCGUAAUCUCCUCGCGAUUGCCAGCGGUGUGGUUGGUACGGCAUUCGCUCAGAUUCUGGGAAUCUGCUUCGCGCAAAAUUUGCGCGCGGAUAUAUUCGCGCAAAAGGCAAAGUGGCAUUGACAAUCGCGUGCCCCCACGGCAGUCUAGCAUCUUGUCUUUAUAGAUGCUAACCGGCUACGUUGAUCGAGUUACAAGACCUCGACACGGACUUGGAGCUUCGGCGAGCGGACCAAUUGAAACUUCCUUUGGAUGAAGAGAAAACAUAAAUCCCUUCGAGAGAUUUUCACGGCGAUCGAGGCAAAAAAAAUCGUCAGACGGGUGAUGCCAAUACGCCUGUUAUCUUUGCGAUUCUUCGACGAUAAUCAAAUUUGCCGAUAACUUUACGUUCGUGCCGCUCAAAUCCUUCGACUUGUAAACAUCCGAGAAACUUCGCAAUUGCACGCGACGAUUCCCGUCCUACUCUUUCUAUACCAUUCAAUCGAUUAACUCGCUGAUUAUAUGUCGGAUAACGAGAGAAAUUGAUUGUUUUCGAAGUUCAUUCUUAUCUGCCGCGCGUUAAUUAAUUUUGUUCGUAGAUGGAUUUCUUAUCGUAAAUAGAUUUGGAGCAAUCUUCCAAAAUAGUGACAGAUUUUGCAAAUAUAUUUAUAGCCGCAUUAUUUGGCAUUUCGUAGAAAUUA